UACAGAACAAGCAAAACAAUCGAAAGCCUGAUCAAGUGUCAGGUAUCCGAUCAGAAUGGCGACAGGACCUACGAUUCCGAAAGAUCCUUUGGAGCUCUUAACUCCGGACCUUUCGCGUCCGGAGCCCUUCAUUAACAAAUACUGGGGUGGUGCGAUGACCGCGGGUCUCAUCUGGGGAUGCUCCAUGAUGGUCAAUUACACGCUACAUAAACCAGUCUUCAGCAGUUUGCACAUUCAAGCGGCAUUUGUUGCUGGCGGUGCUAUAGUUGGGCAAUACUUUGAUGAGAAAAGAAAGGAAUAUUUUGCUGAAAAAGAUGCUGUUUUAAGGCAUUACAUUCAAUUACAUCCAGAAGAUUUUCCUGCAAGAGUGAGUAAAAAUACUCUGAACUUCUUCUGCCUUGGCAUCCAGUUAGAUAAAUAAACACAAUUCUAAAAGGUGAGCACUUGAGCACUACUCCUAGCUUGUAGCAAAUUGAAAAUAAAUUAUAGUUAAAUCUAACAA